AUGAGUGCAUACAUUGGUGUGGUCUUUGUCGGUGUUGAAAUUGGCUUAGUCAUAUCUGUAAGUUUCAGUUGCAAUUUCUGUACUUCGGGGCUUUUCAUUGCAAGGCCAAGGACAUUGGUUUUGGGAAACAUUCCAAAUUUUAGGAUUUACAGAAAUGUUGAGCAAUAUCCAAAUGCAAAACAUGUUCCUGGAAUCCUCAUCCUAGACAUUGAUGCACCGGUUUACUUUGCCAAUGCAAGCUAUUUAAGAGAAAGGAUCACAAGAUGGGUUGAUGAAGAAGAAAGCAGAAUCAAAGCUACUGGAAAGACAAGUUUGCAGUAUGUUAUAAUGGAUAUGAGUGGUGUUGGAAAAAUUGAUACAAGUGGAACAAGUAUGCUUGAAGAGGUCCAGAAGAUUACUCAGAGAAGAGAACUUCAACUUGUUUUGGUGAAUCCGGGAAGCGAGGUGAUGAAGAAACUGAACAAAUCCAAGUUCCAAAAUAAUUUAGGAGAGAGAUGGCUGUAUUUAACUGUUAAAAAGGCCGUUGGAGCAUGCAACUUCAAUCUCCGUCAAAGGACGAAUCUGAACAACGAUGAAUCAGAGGGUUGGAACUGUUAG